AUGAUAUCUGCGCUCACCUACUCACGAAAUCUUGUUUAUCAACAAGAUCGAACUGCCCUCUUCUAUUCACUGGUUCUCAGCAGUGCUGGUACUAUUCUAAUCUGGUACUUCUCUUCAUCAUACGUUAGAUGUCUUUGUCGAAAAGUCGUUCGAAUUCUUUGUCGGAAGAUUUUACUUGAUCGAAGGUCUCGAAAAUCGGAUAGAGACAACUUCAUCUCAUUUUUCCGCACAUAUCUCUCUCAUCAUCAGAAAGUUAACAAUCAAGCGCUGAGAGCGAUUCUUGAGAGAAAUCAUUUGUGCAAAUUCUUUUUGGACCGAUCAAUUACAUUUCAAUCGUUGUCUUCCUCGUUCGGGCAAGAGCAAACGUUGGUUGAUGAAUUUCGAAGCAAACUUCCAUUAACUACAUAUGACGACUAUCGCCCUUAUAUUGAACGAAUGGUGGACCAUGGAGAACAUAAUUUAAUUUGUUCGGAUAAGAUUAUUUACUAUGCAAUGACUUCUGGAACAACAGGCAAGAAUAAACUCUUACCAAUGACAUCACACAUGCUGAAAGAUGCGAUGUUACUUGCCUCUGCAUCGUCAUCUUUGAUUUGGAGAUCUCUUCCGGCAUCGUUUCCGUCAUGUGAACAAAGAUUCUUUCAUAUACAGAGUGCGAAAAGACGAGACAUGUUCGCUAGAUCGAAAGAUAAUAUACCGAUCGGUCAGCUUACUCAAACAUUCUCAGCCGUUCCGUUGAAUCCAGCAGUUCAAAUAAUACUAUCUGCUUAUUUUAUCAUUAGACUUGACCUAAUCGAAGACGUAACUGAUUUCGAAACGAGUGCGUUUGUUCAAUUGGUUUUGUCAUUGGUAGUUCCGGAUAUCUAUUCGUAUACGGUCCUCUUCGCUCCGGGAUUCAUCCAUAUUGUUAAAAUCAUUGAAAAAUCCUUCGAAGAAAUUUGUCUUUGCAUAUCUUCUAGUGAUUUCAAUCAUAGUUCGCUUGUGUGUAAAAAUAUUCCGGAUAUGAAACUUCGAAAGCAACUCAACCAAGCUUUAAAUGAAAUCAGCCUUGAGUACGGUGGAUCGACGUAUCGAGUAAAACGCGCGGAGUUCAUUCGACAACAAUGCGAGAAUGGUAAUUUCGAGGGUAUUCUCCAUCGUCUUUGGCCAAAGUUAGUUUAUGCAAUGACUGCAUUAGGUGGUUCAUUUGCUUCUUAUAAGGAGAAAAUUCAGUUUUACUGUGGUAAGAAACUACGUUUAAUUAAUCAUACAACAUACAGUGGUAGCGAGGGAUUUUUUGGUAUUUCGGCGAGUAUCUUCACGGAUGAAUAUUUUCUCUCACCAAAAUCUAACUUUUACGAGUUUAUCAAAGAAGAAGACGUACAUCUGGAACAACCGACAACUUAUCUUGCUUCGGAAAUCGAACCAGGUAACCGUUAUGAACUAGUAUGUACAACUGAAUGUGGUUUAGUUCGAUAUCGAAUGGGUGAUAUUGUCAGCUGUACAAGAUUCUAUUGUCCAGCUGAUGACCUCGUUCCGUUACCGUCGGAAUUGAUAGACGCAUCUGAUCGCAUUCCUCUUAUUUCAGUUGCCUAUCGUCUAGGAAGUCUCUUGGAUAUCUUCGGCGAGAAAACAACUGAGCAACAUGUGAUGUAUGCUCUUCAAGAAACAGUUCUACAAUGGCGAAAUCAAGACAUACUCGUUGAUCUAUGCGAUUUUACAUCAUAUCCGAAACUAGAUGAAUUUCCACCUAAGUACGUCAUCUUUAUAGAGGUAACCGAUCCACAGCAACAUACUGAUCAAAGGUGGAACGUUAUUCAAACUCGUGCCGAUUUAGAAGUCGAGAGAGAACUGUGUAAAGCUAACAAUAUCUACCAAUACAUUCGUAAUUCUGGAAAGCUUGGUCCACUUUCCUGUGUUCUUGUUCAAAACGGAACUUUUGCUCAGUUUCGCCAAGAAAAACUAAAGGAUGACCGACUAAGUGCCAUGCAGAUCAAACCUCAUCGAUUGCUAAAAAGUGAACAACAUAUUCAGNUGUGUAAAGCUAACAAUAUCUACCAAUACAUUCGUAAUUCUGGAAAGCUUGGUCCACUUUCCUGUGUUCUUGUUCAAAACGGAACUUUUGCUCAGUUUCGCCAAGAAAAACUAAAGGAUGACCGACUAAGUGCCAUGCAGAUCAAACCUCAUCGAUUGCUAAAAAGUGAACAACAUAUUCAGUUCUUUUAUGACAACCGAAUCGUUACAUCUUCAUAA